GGUAUUCCCGGAGGAGAUCUAGAAAAGCGUCGCGAAAGAUUGAAUCACUUGAAAGAGUUGUUUGCUAAACGUUACAACCUUACGAGCGUUGGAAAGCCGGAAAAUAAGGAAAAAUCGACAAGUGAUGGAGUAUUAGCAGGAGAGGAAGUCGUUGCCAACGAAAAUACCGAUCUGAGUGUCGAAGAAAUCAAUCAGAGAGAAGGUGUCGCUGAUUAUCUUUUCGAUGGAGACAUUGACCUUACAGAAGAACAACUGGAAAUGAUCGAGGCCAGUCUGAGCGACAGCAAUCACACUCGUCGCAAACGUCAAAUGGAUACUCUCCUACCACGCUGGGAGAACAAUCAGCUAUUCUAUUCGUUUGGCCCUGCUAUGACCACCAGGUUUCGGACUAUCGUCAAACAGGCUCUGGCUUACAUUGCUGGACGUACGUGUCUGACUUUUACCGAAAGUAAUACGGCCCCCAAUCGAGUGAACGUAAUCAGCGGUUCUGGAUGCUAUUCUAAAAUCGGAAUGGUUGGAGGUGUACAGGAUUUAUCGUUGGGGAACGGUUGCGACCAAAUGGGUAUCGUCUCGCACGAAUUCAUGCAUGCUCUAGGCUCAUGGCACAUGCAGAUGCGAAGCGACCGGGACGACCACCUUAUCGUUGAUUUGACUUACGUGAAAGCAGGUUAUGAAGGAAAUUUUGGCAAAAUCUGUAAGUUAUCUUCCUGGCAGGAUUCCGAUAUCAAUUGCUCGGACAAUGAAUCGCUCUUUUCAGAUUUACCACUCAAGGAUAUUCAAUGA